AUGAUGCCAACCUGGCCAGCGCAGCAAGCGCCGAGCGUCGCUCAGCAAACCGUACCCGCCUCCUACGCCUACCCAACGAAUCCGGCCUUCAUUCCCGUUACCGUUCGUCAAGGAUUCAGUCAGUACGGAGCUCCAGCUGCUCCCUAUAACGGAUACGUGCCUCCACCGCCCCCGGUGCAACCCCAAAUGUCUUCCGCGUCGCCCGUGAAUGGUGUAACUGCGACACCUGAGCAAGCCAAGUCCAAGGUGGAAUGGCCCGAAUCUGUUCGGAGUUAUGUUCAAAGAUCCUUUCUCCCCCAAAAUGACGAACCCACUGUCCCUCGUGCGGAAAUCGAGGCUAAGCUUAAGAACACCAUCGGUACCGCAAAGGAGAACGGCACGUUAUACACACUCGACUGGGACAACAUGCCCCUCCCGCAGGCCCUAGUCAAAGCCGAACGUGAUGCGGAUAAUAAGCAGACUUUCCAUGUUCCCUUGAACCCCAAAAAGAGGAAAUCCACCGAUUUCGCCAGUAAUGACAACUCCCAGCCACCGUGGCGUACUAACACGCGAUCUUCACUCGAAGACCGUAUUACCUAUCCUUCCCCUGAAAAACGUGCUUCCAUGGACGAGCCCCUGCCAAAAUCAAGUAAGUUCCAGAAGGAAGCAAACAAACGCAAGCGACGAUUCGAGACCGAAUACAAGUCGCUCAGAUCGCCUAGUCCGCCUCCACCUUCAUCUGGACCCAUAGUCGGCACAUGCGACGUACUGGAGAAGAAGUAUCUUCGUCUUACCGCACCCCCAGUUCCAUCAAAGGUCAGACCUGAACAUAUCUUGCGUCAGACCCUAGAUCUCUUGAAGAAGAAGUGGAAGCGGGAGAGCAACUACUCGUAUAUCUGUGACCAGUUCAAGUCCAUGAGACAAGAUUUGACUGUGCAACAUCUCAAAAACGACUUUACUGUUUCUGUUUAUGAAAUCCAUGCCCGGAUUGCCUUGGAGAAGGGGGAUAUUGGUGAGUAUAAUCAGUGCCAGACCCAAUUGCGAUCGUUGUAUGGCAUGGGCCUGAAGGGCAACCCCAUUGAAUUCAAGGCAUAUCGCAUUCUUUAUUUUAUUCACACUGCCAACCGAACUGGCCUGAACGACACUUUGGCAGAUCUAACCACAGCAGAGAAGGAGGAGAAGCCGAUCAAGCAUGCGUUGGAUGUGCGAUCAUCGUUGGCGUUGGGCAACUAUCAUAAGUUUUUCCAGCUUUACCUUGACACCCCUAACAUGGGUGCUUAUCUUAUGGAUAUGUUUGUUGUUCGUGAACGGCUUGCUGCGUUGUGCAAUAUUUGCAAAGCAUACAAGCCGGAUGUUAAACUCCGUUUCAUCACUGAAGAACUCGGAUUCGAGUCUGACGCUGAUGCAGCCCAGUUUAUCAUCGAUCAGCAUGGUCAACACUUAUUGGAAGACCGAACGGACUACAUCGCAUUUCUGACUGGCAAAGCCGGUCUUCUAUUUGAAGGCGCGCGAAGUUCGGCGUUCCAAAAAGUUGAUAUCAAGGGCCAGAUCUAA